GAGCAGUAAAAAAAUUCACAAUGUAGCACUGGAGCAGUGAAACGUUCACUGCCUUCACAGAUACCAAAAGCAUGCUAAGCGAAUUCUUCAGGCAGUCUUUACUCAAACUGAUUUACAAACCAUGUUGGGUUUUUAACUGUCUGUUAACAACUAAUGUUUUAGGUGCCUCAAGUCUAAACGGUCCUGAAUUGCAAAGGAUGUGGGCAUAGUGAAGAGCUCCGUGUGGUGGACAAAGCUUUCCAGAGCAGAUAUGAAUCACUGGUGUGUGCCAGCACUGCUUCUUUGCCUUCCUCCUCUCCUGUGUCCAUUUGUCACCAAUGUUCUCCCUAUCAACACCUUUGUAGCCAGAAGAGACAACUCUUCUACUCAGGAUAUGGAUCAAAUAACCUUGCUGUUCAAUGAUUCUAACAUCCAGCUCCAGCAAAAGAGGGGAGUGAGAAGUACACCAGUAAGAGCACGUAAUUACAGUGAUUUUAUCCGUUCUCUAGCAGUCACAUUUGUUAAAAUUAAACACUAGCCUGGCUCAUCACAUGCAACUUUAUGACUUCUUGUAUCAUCUGCCAUUUUCAUCUGCUUAAGGGUUCAGUUUCUGAGACUUUCACAGUCUGUUAGCUCAGUCUCCUUGAACCAGUCUUCAUCAAUAGUUAAGUAAUUUUUAAAUUUAUUUUACAUAAGGGAAAAUGAGUGCAGGAAGAGAAACAAAGAAAAUUUUAAUCAGACUUUUUUACUGUAAAAUUGUUUAACAACUCAAGCAUCAAAUUCGCUGAGAGCAUAGCUAUGACAUUUGGUAAGGGAAACAGAAUUUUCUGCCAAAAGCCAAAUAAAAAACGUUUGCAUUUUGAAGGCGCUGACUCAUCAGGGAAAGAGCCCCGUGUCUGCAGAGAACUCAAAUCUCUGUGUUCAGGCUGGGCACUAAUUAUUACUGCAACUGCAUGGCAAAGGAUAAAGCAACCACAGUGAAACAUUGAAGAAACUGCAGAGCAUUUGCCUCUUUAGAGUAUCAUGAAAUUAAACUUUGUCAGUCUCUAGUGCUUCACAGAGGAAGAUCAGUUACUAAGAGGGUGCAAGAUAAACUAAAUGUUUCAGCUCUGUCUUUUCUUCAGAGGCAACAAAAAUGCUGAAGUCCAACUCACAGUGCUCCUUUACUGCUGUGUUGCUAAGCAUUUCUCAUAUUAGACAUAACUUAAAGGAGCAUCAAAAUUUUACACAGUCUACACAAAAGUCACUCUUUCUUCAUUCAGGAUUCAUUUCUAUAAUACUUGCACUGUCACAAACCAAUUGGUGAUUCAGCAAUUGAGGAAGAAUAUGACAAGUUAAUAGGAAAAGGAACUCUCUGAAACACAUGCAAAUUAUAUUAAUUAAAUACUCAUGCUACCCUUAUAUGAAUAAUACCUGAAAGCUUGAAAGUAAUAUAUAAAUGAGGACUGUGAAAAGAAACACUUCAUAGAUAUCCACUUAAUCCUAUUCCCCUUGAAGAACCAUUUUAGAAACAACAGAAUUUCUCUUCUAAAACUUGCUAAAUCUUAAGAGGUAUAACUGCAUCCCCAAGCCUUCUUUGCACUGUGAUAGUUUUGAAGCCUGAGAUGAGUGUAGCAGGGUAGUUAUAUGUUUAAUACAGUCUGAUAGCUUAUAGUUCUUCAGUGCUUACUGAAUAAGGAAGUGAUCAUCAGACAUGAGUGAAUUUUAAUAAUUAGCAGUGAAAUUUUGCCCAAAGGAUUAAGAAAUCCAGAAAUCAGCAGAAAGUACAGCAUGAGAGCUAUUAAAAUGUAAUUUAAUUUUGGCCACUUUCAAAAUAAUUUUCCAAACAUGCCACAUUUAAGACUACACUGAAAAUACUUUUUCAAAAAAAGAACUUUUCCCAAAGAAAAUGAAGUAAGAACUUGACAAAAUACCCCUACAUAAGUUUUUAACAAAUUCCAAAGGCCUGGAAUUCAGGAGAAAACAGGGGUCUUGCACCUACAUAUUUUUCCAAUUUCAUCUGGUAUUGCAGUAUUCACUUCAUGGUUACAUCUCGGGUAGCUGGGAUAGAUAAAUCCAACACCCCCAAAGAGAAAUCAAGGUUAAAUUAGCAGGAGACCAAAAUCAUAAAUCAGGAGCAGUUUUGGGAAAGAAAGCUGCACUGGAACUUAAAUUUUUAGCAGCAGUUUAGGUUUAGGAGUGUAAACCAGCCACUUAUCUCCCACCACUUACCACAGACACUGUAACUGUUUGGAACUUACCCAAAUAAAUCACUUUUUUUUGGUGGAUUGUUCCUUUUGGCAGCACUGAUGGGUACCAGCAUGUACAUGUGAAACUAAGUCUUAAUUCUUAGAAUACAAAUUAAAUUAGUCCUCCAGAAAACAGGAAUUACUACAGUUCAUGUUGCUUUAUAUAUGAAUCUCAAAAUUCACAGGUCACCUCUGCUUAUAGACAUUUGCACACAUUUUAAAGGAAGAGAGUGUUAAAUGCUGAGUAAGAAAUGGAUCUCAACUUUGUACUUCUAACUACCAAACACCAACUGUAUCCAUGGGAACUGAUGUCUAUUCUCUCCUGUAGUUUUGUGCCCUUAAAUAAUCUGUUUGUUAAUGCAGCUGUUCUUGCCGAUUAAAUUCUCUUCCCUAAAGUUAUGAAGAAAAUAAUGUUUAACCUCUUUUCAAAAUAUGGGAAUACAGCAUUUUCUUUUACAGGUCAAACAGUAAGGGAAAAAAAAAACUCACCUUAGGCUUUCUUUUUUUUUCUUUUUUUUUUUUUUACAUUAUAAUCAUAAAAGAUUGGAUUUCUAUAAAUAAGUGCUUGAACAAAAGCUCAGAAGUGUUCAAGGCCAGGCCUGAUGAGGCUUGAACAACCUGGUCUAGCAGCAGGGAGCUGGAACUGGAUUAUCUCUAAGGUCCCUUCCAACUCAAACCAGUCUGUAAUGCUCUGCCUGGCAACACGCAACUGUCAAUGACUCCCAUGAUUUUCUGAGGGAAAAAAAUACACAGCUUUUUAAAUCUAACUUUAAAAUUCCUUAUAAAAAUACUUUCAAUGCCCAUAUUUCCAACUGAGUAGUGAGCAUGACAUACUAACGUAUCUAGGUAUCCUCCCUCAUGUAAAUAUUCUAACAGCUUAUUUUAUACAUAAUCACAAUGUUUCACUGCUAGGGACAAAGAAAAUAACAGAGACUUCACAAGUCAAAAAAUUAAGUUUGCAAGGACUUGGUUCAGAACAACUAAAGGAGGCUUCUCUUUCAGGUAACAAGUCAUUGAGCUGCAACAGCAAUUUCCCAAAGGAUGCAUUUCCGAUGCUAAAAGUUUCCAUAGGAUGAGGAGAAAACUGGACCUCGAAAUUAGCACAAAAGCACAACUACAUAAGGUCAGAGAAGCCAGAGCUGGAAAGAGCCAGAGGCCAGCUGAACACUAGGAACAUUGUGCAUUCACUCGGUUUGUUUCCAUUCUCACGCUCUGCUAUCUCCUUCAGCAGGACACAGCUCUUAGAAGGACACACACAUGCACUCCCGGGAGCAGCAGGAGUCACUUCAGGCGCACCUGGAGCGAUCUUCACGGCUGACAACGGCGGGGCAGCCAAGUCCCGGCUGCGCUGCCCCAGGCCGGCACGGGUGGCUGCAGGACAGCAGGAGCCGGCCGCCCAAGGACCACGCAGGCCAGGAGGGUUUCACUGCCGGGAGGAGUAUCCCGAACGUGCCCCGCUGGGACACCUGCGCUUCUGUCGCCGCGCCGGCCCCGGGCCGUGACCCGAGGCGGCUCCUGCCACGGCUGCGUCCCGCAGAGGGCCCGGCACGCCGGGCCGAGCCGGAGCGGGCCCGCUACCGCCCCGACCCCUCCGGCCCCGCGCACGGCGGACUCUACCUGAGGCGAGAAGGCGGCGGCAGCGCCCCGGGCGCUCGGAGCUCGGCCCCGCCCGCGCGGCGCCGACCGGCCGCGGCCCUUCCCUUCCUUCCGCCCUUCCUCCGCCCCUCGGCGAUGCCGGCAGCGCCCGCUCGGUCCCUCCGCCAGCGCCCGCCGCCGCCUCGGGCCGCUCAGUUCGGCGCCGCCAUUUUGGAGAAAGCUCCGCUGAGCCUCGUGUUUCAGCUGACGCCCGAACGAUGGACUCGUUACAGACCAACAGGAAGGAAAACCCACCGGUUAGCACUCGGAGUGAUCCAUUUCAUUUCCAUCUUUGCGUUUCAAAUAAAUUUCAAGUAAGCUGCUCUACGGAGCUCAU